CCAGACUUGUACAACAUUUGAAAACUCAUCCUAUAUAUUCACUGUCUCCUCUUCAAAACUUUAGCCCUUUCUAGUUUCUAACCCAAUAUGGCCACCAAGAAUGCCAUCCAUCCCCACUAUUACCACCUCCCUGCCGUCCACAAAACCCGGCUUCCAGCCACCGUCCAGGCCUAUCAAGACUACGCAAUCGGCAAAAACCCACGUCAAAAAUCGGCCAACAGGGCCGUCAAGCUGGCCGAGUCCUUGUCCCAUAUGUUGAAUCUUCAGAUCGAGACCACAAUUCAGAGGAGCCUCAACCGCUCAAACCUCGACGUUCUGAGCAUCGAAGAGAAGCACAAUACUCCCACCACCUCCCCUAAAGAAGACAUAUCCGCCAAGUGGCGCGAAAUCCACGGCUCCCGCGACUGGGACGAUCUUCUUGAUCCUCUCCACCCCUGGCUCAGAAGGGAGAUCGUCAAAUACGGGGAGUUCGCGCAGGCCACCUAUGACGCCUUCGACUUCGACGCCUUCUCGGAGUACUGCGGCAGCUGUAUGUACAACCGCCACAAGCUGUUCGACAAGUUGGGCCUCACCAAAACUGGCUACAACGUGACUCAAUACAUAUACGCCAUGUCGCACAUAGACUUGCCACUGUGGCUUGAGAAAUCGCGCUUUGUCGACACUUGGAGCAAAGACUCGAACUGGAUGGGGUUUGUGGCUGUUAGCGAUGAUCAAGAAUCGAAAAGAAUUGGCAGGCGGGACAUCGUCGUGGCGUGGCGGGGCACGGUAGCGCCGUCGGAAUGGUACGACAAUAUGCAGCGGAAACUAGAGCCCAUUGGCCACGGGGACUCAAAAGUCGAACAUGGUUUCCUCAGCAUUUACACCUCUAAAAGCGACUUCACUAGGUACAAUAAGUCAAGUGCCUCGGAACAAGUCAUGAGAGAAGUUAAGAAAUUAGUGGAUUACUACCAAAAAAUAGGUGAACAAGUUAGCCUAACUAUCACCGGCCAUAGCCUAGGUGGUGCUUUAGGACUACUAAAUGCAUACGAGGCUGCUAAAAAUUUCCCCAACCUUCCAAUCAGCGUUGUCUCAUUCGCAGCCCCACGUGUGGGGAACAUUGCGUUCCGCGAUGAACUGUAUCAAAUGGGCGUUAAAACUCUACGUGUGACGAUGAAGCAAGAUGUGGUGCCAAGAAUGCCUGGAAUAGUAUUUAAUGAAAGUCUACAAAGAUUUGAUGACAUUACGGGCACGUUGGAGUGGGUGUACACACACGUGGGAGUGGAGCUAAAGCUGGAUGUAAGAUCGUCUCCGUACCUCAAGAAAGGGUUGAACUUGGUGGGAUAUCACAUGUUGGAGACGUACCUACAUUUGGUGGACGGAUAUCAGAGUAGUGAUUCGGGAUUUCGGGCGGAUGCUAAGAGGGAUGUGGCGUUGGUGAACAAGGAUUGUGAUAUGCUUGUAGAUGAAUUGAGAAUCCCUCCUAAUUGGUAUCAACUGGCUAAUAAAGGGCUGGAGCGGAAUGAUCAUGGGAGAUGGGUGAAGCCCAAAAGAGAUCCGGAGGACAUACCCUCACCCACUAUGGACUCACUUAACUAUCAUGUGCUUGAAUUGGAGGAUAGUUAUGAGAUUGGAUCCUGGUUUGGUGUUUCAAUUUGAUUUAGCUAGGGCAACAAGAGUUUGUACAUGGAAACCUUAUUAAAACUACAUGGUAGAUAUAGUAUCAUAGUUUGUGUCUCUAAUCAUUGAUAUCAUCAUGUACGUAUAAACAAAAUUGUAGCAAUAAAUUUUCAAGCACAACGUAUUCAUGUAUUU